AUGUCAUCUUAGAAUUAUAUAUCAUCUAAAAAUAAUGUAAACGCAUAAAACUAAAAUCCCUUUUCAAGUUAACAAUCUUAAAUGCAUCCUAGCACAGAAUAUUAUGACUAUUAAACAGCUUAGUUUAUUAAAACCCAUACACAUAUAUAGAAUAAUAAUAAUAUAAACACUUUAAUAACUAACAGCAACAAUAAUAUCAAUGGUAACUUAAAUGGAGCUAAUACAUUUUUAGCAAAUAGUUAGCAAUCUUCUUCAAAUUAAAAUAAAAAAUCAGUUGCUUCAAAAAAAAAUUCAAUAGGUAAUAGAGAGAAAAUUGAACCUAUGAUGACAGCUAGCAUAAACCAUAUGAUAAUUAACAACUAAAGUAUGUGCUAAGGAUUGAAUGAAGAAAGUAUGGAGAAAUCAAACAUUAGUUAAUUUGCUGGUGUUAAUAAUGCAGCAAACCAAAAGGUUGAGUAGUUUUUAUUGAAAAAAAAAUAAGAAAAGAGUAGAUUUAAAGAAGUUUUAAGAAGUAGAAACAUAUUAUUUUUAGCAAUAAUAAUUUUUGUUUAUUAAGCAGAUACAAUUUAUAUACAUACCUAAACAAUUAAGAACAUAGAGAUUAGCCUAGCUUCUAAAAUAUUUCUUUACAUAUUGAUUAUAUUAUAAACUACUAUUGCUAUUUUGUUCAUUCUUUUAGGAUGUAAAAAAUAAGACUAUUGUUAAAUAAUUUUAAAGUAGAAAUAGAGCUAUUUUGGAAUAUCAUAAAUCGUAUUAAUAAUUGCUUAUUAUGAAAGUGUGUCUAUAGCACUUGGAGUCGUAGAUGUUGUAUAAAAUUAAAUCACUGAUGAAUAGGAAAUCAACUUAAAGAUAGUUCUUUUUCGCUUUUUUAAUAUUUUAAUUUUAAAUGCAUCUUACUCAUUUCUUAUAAGAACUCAUAGAUUUAAGUUAUUUAUUUAUGCUUCUUAAUUGAUUUACUUUCCUCUCCGUUUUUUCAUGAUCAGUUUAAAGGGUAAUUACAUAUAAUUUUUAGUUGUACUGACUGCAUUUGUAGGAUUAUAUUUUUAAUCAAAGUUAUUAAAUGAACAUAUCAGCAUUAAAAAGUAAAUUUUAAUAUCAACAAAAUAUCAGAAGCUAAUUAGCGGAACAAAUUUUACAUUAAACAACAAAAAUAUUACAGCUAAUAACAAUAACGUCAUUAAUAAUAUGAAUAAUAAUGCAAACUCUUAAAAUAAUAAUUCGAGUAAUAAUAAAAACUAAAAUGCUGGUAGUUAUUUGUAAUAAAGUAACAAAGGAUCGCCUCCUGAAAAAGAUGAAAUCUAAGAUCUUUUAAAUAAGUAAAGUUUUAAUAAUUUCAAUAACAAUUAAAGCAUUUAAGGCUUUUAAGUAUCAUAUCCUUUCAUAUCUUAUCAUUAGUCUCAGUAAGGAAGUCAGUUACAAAAGUAAUAAUCCUUAGGGUAAAAUAUGAAUACUUAUUACAGUUAAAAUAAAAUUGAGGUAUAAAAUAUAAACAACACUAAUAAUAAUUAGUUGGUUUCAUAUAAUUCUCUCAAUGGUUCUUUAAUAAACUUAGAGAAACCUGCUACCUUGCUUGAAUAAAAUAACCACAGCUCAUAAAUAAUAUUCAAUAAUAAGAGAAGUUAGUUUGGAUAAACACAAAGCUCUUAACAUAUACAGAGCGGUUUUGAUUUAAAUAAUAAUUUUAUUAGUAAUGUCACUCCUAUUUAAAAUUAAAUAAUUAACUAAGGAAUAUAAAACAUUAUAAAAUCUGAAAAAAUGCAUUAAAUGAGUAAAAUUUCUGAGUAAGAUUUUGAGAAUGAUUUCUCCAAAAAUCAUUAUAAUACCUCAAAUCAAAUGUAAAAUUUUACUCAAAAUGGAUAGAGUAUGGUGGAGCAAAAAUCGUUGAUUGAAUAAGUUAUUGAAGUAGAUGGUAUUGUCGUUUUUGAUCAAGAAACACAAAAUGUCAUUUUCGCUAACUAGAAUAUAUUGGUGUUAUUAGAAACAGAUGUGAAUAGAGUACUUUAAGAGGUUAUGUCCCUAAAGUAGUUACACGUAUCAGUUGAUGACAAAUCUAAUAAAGAAAAUCUUGAAUAUUCAAAUACUUUCUUGCUAAAAAACUUACUCAAAGAUAACUCUAUAAAUCUUUUAAAUGCAUCUCCAGCAAUUGGCCCUUAAAAUAAUUCAACAAAAAUGUCUAAUAAAAUAGGAAGUAAUCCAUAACUAAAUAGAGUUAUCGAAGAAGAAAAUGAAUAAGACUUUAGUCCUUAAUUAAUAGUCAAAGGAGAGGUUGUUAAACAAGAGGGUGGUAAAGUAGAGUAAGUUAAUUUGUUUAAUUUUUCUGAAAAUAUGGUAGAAGAGUUAAGCAAACAAGGAACAGAUAAGAAAUCUUUAUCUAUGUUGGCUUCGGGAACAUAAAGCAACUAAGUUAAAAAUCAUCAAUAAAAUAAGCAAAAAUACCCUAAAUCUAAAUCUCAUGUUUACACUAAGUCUCGCUCUUAAAAUUACAAAGCAAAUCCGUUCUAUUUAUCUCCAAAUUAAGAAUUAUAGCCUGAUGAAGACGAAGGAGUUUCAGGAACAAAAACACAUAAAAAUGAAUCCACCUUUAAAAAAUUAUCCUGCGAUAAUACACAUUAGAAUCCUAUAUCAAACUUUGAUUUACCCUCUUAUGUACAAAAUAAUUAUGAUGGAUAAUCGUUCCUACAAAAUAGAUAGUUAAGAGAAUCUCAAGAUUUUCAAAUCCCUUCCUUUAUUUCUUCAAUUUCACACAUACCUCGUAAAAAUACAAACUAAGGAAGCUACACAACUUUUGAAAGGGAGAGAACUAACACACUGAAAGAUAUUAUGGAUGAUGUAAGAUCUAAGAGUGGAACCUUUUUGGCUUAAUAAAGAAAAAGCACUAUGACCUAGCAAAGGAAAAAAACUCUUAAUAAUAAGAAGUAGCUAAACUAUUCCUAAUAGCCAGAAACAGUUAUAAAUAAUAUGGUUUUGUGUAAGGAAAACACAUAGAAAAUUUAUGUGAUGAAAUAUUCAAUAGUGGAGCAUGCAGGUAAAGUUUUACACAUCAUUACAAUUAGAGACUUAUCAAAUGAAAUUUUUGAGUAAAUUCUCGAUAGGCAAAGUUCAGUUUUAAUAGAUGAACUGUACAGAUAUUUGAAUUUCACUGAGAUUUCUCAAAUUCUUGGAAAAUCUUUAAAAUAAAUUAAAAGCUUAAAAUACCAAAUUCAAAUAAAUGACUAUAAGCAAUUUAUUUCACCUUUAAAGCUUAAUUUAAAAUUAUAUAAAUACUUAAUGAGUGAUAUUUUUGACAUACGAUCUCUAUAACAUAGAUCAUUUGUUCUUAAUAAGGACUAUUUUGAUUUAUAACAAGAACUCAUUAAUGCUAAAAAAAUGACAGAAAAGUUAAGAAAUGAUAUUGUAUUUAAUUUUUAUUAUGAUAAAAUGAUCCCCAUUUAGAUAUUAAAUGACAAAGAGAGAAUUUCUCAGAUUUUAAUGAAUUUAUUAGUAAAUUGUUGCAAAUUAAUAAAAAAUAAUAAAAUCUUUUUGAAAGCUAAGCUAUGCAAGGAUUAAAGCCAAGUUAAAAUUAUAAUUUAAAACAGAGAAUUAAAAAAGUCAUAAAAGGAGCUAAUUUUAAAAUCUUAUCAAAGUCGUCUUAAUUCUCUUGGAUAUCAUUUUUUUAUUAGUAACUUAUUGGCAAAAUAAGUAUCCAAUUAAAUUCAUAAGCUUGAAAUUAUUAGUAAUAAAUAAGAAUAUGUUAAAUUUAAGUUUUUUAUUUACUUAUUCACUCAUGCUAGUUAAGAUAUUUCGUAAAUAAAUCUAAUUAAACCUUCUUUAAGUACAAACCCUCAACAAGGAAAAUCGAAUAAUACAAUGAGCAACGAAAACAAAAACUAAUCAAAUACACAAUAGUAAUAAUACAUUAAUAGUUUAUCACAUUUAGAUAUAGAUAUAGACGAUUAAAAUGAGGAAGACAAAAAGGAAUUAACUUAAAGAGAAGAAAAUAAAAUUGAUGAAAGUCCUCCUACUCAUCUAGACAAAGGUCAGAUUAAUAUAACAUCAAAUAUCAUUAAAGAUUCAAAAAACAGUUCUAAUGACAAUAAUCAAAAAUCAGAGCCAUCAGGUAAUUAGUAAAAAAGUAACAAAAAAACCCUUCAGCUGAAUUAAGAAUAAUAACAAGUUUUUAACUAAGAUUUUAAAAGUUUAAAGACUAUUUCUAACGAAGGUACAGAAAUUAGUGAGCAGAUUGAUAAACAAAAAAUCAAAGAUUUUGAUAAUUUUUAAGCAAAUUUUCCUAUGAAAUUUAUAUCAGAUCUAUAAUAAUAAAUUUGA